GAAACGUUACAGAUAAUUCAGCUGUUCUCUCAAGGGCAGGACUCCAACACUGCAGGUGGAAAAGCAACAAAAAGAACAAGACAAAGAAAACUAGGAGGAUUUUUCCUGGGAGACACACAUUAGCUAUGUGAAGCCAACCGUUACUGAGAGAAAAUGCCAAACUUUUCUUUGUUCAACACAAUCAUUUUUGCUUCUUAAAAGGAAACGGAAGAUGAAAGACCGACUUCAAGAACUAAAGCAACGAACAAAAGAAAUCGAACUCUCCAGAGACAGGCAUGUGUUGACUACAGAAGCAGAAGAACAAGGGGUGUUUUUGCAGCAAGCUGUUAUUUAUGAAAGAGAGCCGGUAGCUGAGAGACACUUACAUGAGAUCCAAAAACUACAGGAGAGUAUUAACAAUUUGACAGAUGAUGUUCAAAAAUUUGGGCAGCAACAGAGAAGCCUGGUGGCUUCAAUGAGAAGGUUUAGUCUACUUAAGAGAGAGUCUAGCAUUACAAAGGAGAUAAAAAUACAAGCAGAACACAUUAACAGAGGUUUGGAUGAUUUAGUAAAAGAAGUUAAGAAGUCAGAGGCUGAAAAUGGUCCAUCAGCAGUGGUGACAAGGAUACUUAAAUCUCAGCAUGCUGCGAUGUUCCGCCAAUUUCAGCAAACAAUGUUUGCAUACAAUGACACAUUAGCAGCAAAGCAGGAGAAGUGCAAGACAUUUAUUUUCCGUCAGCUUGAAGUUGCUGGAAAAGAAGUGCCUGAAGAAGAAGUAAAUGAUAUGCUUUAUCAAGGCAAAUGGGAAGUUUUUAAUGAAAGCUUACUUACAGAAAUCACUAUCACUAAAGCACAACUCUCAGAGAUAGAACAAAGACACAAGGAACUUGUUAAUUUGGAGAACCAAAUAAAAGAUUUAAGGGACCUUUUCAUUCAGAUAUCUCUUUUAGUAGAGGAACAAGGAGAAAGCAUCAACAAUAUCGAAAUGAUAGUGAAUGGUACAAAAGAAUAUGUUAACACUACUAAAGAGAAAUUUGGACUUGCUGUAAAAUACAAAAAAAGAAAUCCUUGUAAGGUAUUGUGUUGUUGGUGUUGCCCGUGCUGUGGCUCAAAAUAAAGAAGCUAUUUUAGACAUUUUUUCCAGUAGUAGAAUGAAGGAUGUCCCAUAUUUCAGCAUCUUUCUUCAUUUUACAGAUCCAUUCACAUACCUUUCAUCAUUAUUAAGUCAUAAUUUUCCUCUUCAGCCCUUAUCUGCUAGACCAACAGAAACUUCUUCAGUCAGGGACAAAGCAAGUCAUUUAUUAAACCAAAAACAGUAUAGCUAGUUAACUUUAAACUCACAAGUUAACUACUAAAAAUGAGAUCAAUGAUCUUAUGUUUCCAUUCAGGUACCAAGCUCUAUUAUGUAUUUUGUAACUUUUAAUGCCUUAACAAGAUGAAUGUAAGUGACAACUGCUUAACCAAUCCUUCUGGCUCAUUUGAGAGCAUUUCAGUGGUAAAUUAAGUGCAUGAAACAAGACCUCAAAAAGUGCUAUAUUAAAAUCAAACCAGAAGCUGUGUCAAAUCUUUUAUGCUCAGAUGGGUAAGUUAACUCGGUGGUCAACAAAUCAUGGAAAAAUCCAACUAUGUACUGAAUGAAGAGUCUGGUUGGUAACUGAGAGCUGAAUCUAGCUUAAGGCCUAAGAAAGUAAGGCGCUGUUUUCCUGAACUUGGGUCCAUUCAGGACAUUGUAGUACAGAUCAGGAAGGUUGGCAAAGAAAGUAAAAAAUAAAGGCAACUGCAUUCUCAAAAGAUUCUCUAUCACUUUACGGUGAAGCUGAACACUGCACAAUGGUCUAGGGAUAUAGUCUAAACUCACACAGGAAUAGAGUUUUGGAAUUCACAUUUUAAUGGAGAAAGCAGGUAAAAAACAAAUACAAAUAUUAGAUACUGUUAAGCUCUUGGCAGAAACUUAAGGUAUUGAGAAACUGACUUUUGGAAUGGCUUCUUUUCCUUGGGUGGUCAGUGAAGGCCUCUCUGAAAGGGAACAUUAAAUGAAUAUCUAAAUGAUGAGGACAAGGAACAGUAUAUCCCAGGCACAGUACAAAGGACCUGAGGAUGAUAUAACUUAUUCUGUUUAAAGAAAAAUGAGCAGUACAGCUGUAUCAUAGUAAGAAAGGAGUAAUGAGGUAAGAGAUAAAGUUAAGAAAGGUCAGCAGGGGCUAGAUGAAAGGCUUUGUUGGCCAUGUAAGUCCGAAGUUUACAGCAAGUAUAAUCAAUGUAAAGCCCUGAGACUGUCUCUAGCCUGAAAAUGACAUUAUGUAAUUUAUCUGAGAAAAAUCAUCUUGUCUGCUGAAUGUGGGUUAGAAUGGAUUUGAGGCAGAUGAGUGGAGGACAAGGAUGCAGGUAUAGAAAACCACCAGAAGGGUAAUGCAGCAAUCCCAGUAAGAGAUGGUGGAAGCCUGGACUAGGAUGGGAAUGGAGGUGGUGGUGGGGGUAGCAUUACUAACACUCAAGGUUAAUAAAGUGUGUUAUGUCUCAGCAUUGUUCUAAUAAUUUUACAGUUUUGCCCACAAAAACACUAGGUAUGGUGAGGUUAAAUAACCUGUCCCAGGCCACAGAAACUGUGAGAAUCAGAAUUUGAACCCAGGCUGUCUGAUUCCAAAACAAAUUCUUAACUACUAGGUACUAUAUAAG